AUGUCUGAUCAUUGCCCAGUGGUGGUGGACCGGGGCUCCCCGCUUCGUUGCCGCGGUAAGCAGUUCUAUUUUUUCAAUCAUUGGUCUGAACAUGCAGAGUUUCUUCCUCUGGUUGAACAGAUUUGGUCCCAACCUCUAGCCGGUAGUCCUAUGUCCAUACUUCUCCAAAAAUUACAUCUGCUUAAGACUAAGCUUAAGGGUUGGAGUAGGGCUCUGUUCCAUAAUUUGGAUGGUCAGGUGGAGGAACUCAAAGCAGAGUUAGAUCGGCUACAAUCGAGUGCCCUUACUUGCAAUCCGGACGGCGACCUUGUUCGGCGUGAAAGGGAAACUGCUAAUCGCCUUCACAAAAUCAUGAACAUUAGGGAGUUUGAGCUGCGGCAAAAAUCUAGAGUAAAAUGGCUUCAGAAUGGGGAUUCUAAUUCAGAUUUCUUCCACCGCUCCUUGUGGAUGAGACGCGCCCAGAAUUGUAUCACGGCCAUCCACGAUUCUAACGGGGAUCUUAUCAGUGAUGAAGACGCCAUUUGUGUAGAAGCCACCAGGUUUUUUGAAUCCACAUUCAUGGGUACCUCACAGAUUAUUUGUAACCCUUUGGACCUCCCGGUUGAUCGUGCUCUUGAUAGUUUGGAAGCCGCGGAGAUCUCAAAGGAUUUUACUGCAGACGAGGUCAAGGCUGUUGUUUUCUCCAUGGAUGAUCAUACUACACCUGGAACGGAUGGGUUCGGAGCUAUGUUCUUCAAGAAAACGUGGGACAUCACUGGCAGUGAUGUGGUCGCAGCCAUCUUGAGUUUCUUCUAG